AUGGCACUUGUUCCAUCGCUUCCUAGAAUGACAACUGGUUCCGGUUCUUCUACUUCUUCUUCAUCCAAUACAUUUCUUCUACAUAAAACUGAUAUAACUAUAUCUGAUAGUCAAUUCAUUGAUAUUCUCCUCAAUGAUGCCAACCAUGAACAUAAAAUUCAAACAGUAAAUCGUUGGUGCAAGAACGCACGACGAAACCGUCUAUCCACCAUUCUGGAUGCGACCCAAAGGCACAAUAUCUUAUUAUCUCUAAUAAAUACGCUUCAACAGGCCAACAGCGCCGAAUAUCUAUAUAAUUGUUUGACACUGAUAUUAGAAAUUCAAGCAAAUAUUUAUCACUAUGAUCAACGGACUUUUCUUCCAGCUAUUAUUCAAUGUUUUGCUUCGACAUCAAAUGACGUUCAAUCUAUAACCGUGCAAAUCUUAACCAAGCAGAUUCGUUUAACUCAAGACGUUCAGACUUUCCUAUAUAUCUAUCUCCAAGAUGGCUUAAAAUCUUCCAACACUCGAGUGCGCGUCCUAUCCAUUCAAUCGUUAACCGAUGUAUUAAAUACGAUUCAUCAAUAUGAAAAUCUCUCGCCAAUAUUCGAAGUUCUUCUUCAACAUUUGCAAGACAAUACGUUUCGUCUGACAUAUAAAGACGUGAUUAUCACUUCAAUCCAACAUAUACGACGCAUCAUCGGCACGGAUUCGGUAAACACUUAUUUGAAAACUUAUUCAACGAUACUCCAACAAGCAUACUAUACGUUUGUGCCACGAACCGAUGAUCACUUACAGAUCGUUUCUGUUGACACCGGCUUGGAAGAUGAUGAGGACCAAACUCCACGUGCACCACAAGUAACUAAUGGUAUUGUUGAUUAUUCCGAGAGCACACAUAAUCUGUCAUCAAAUCGUAAACCUCCUCUACCUCCUUCGACGCCUCGAACGACUUCCAUUGUUCACGAUAACUCCGAUUUUUACUCGUCUGUUAAUAUAAUACGUUCCGACUGGUCAUUGGCUUCCGAAACAACUCGCUUAGAACACUUAGAGCAAUUCAAGCAAUUGUGUGAGAAACAUUUGCAACUAAUUCGCACCAAAUAUUUAUCAUCCAAUUUGGAUUCUGAAUUUCAUCACGCUUUACAUACAUUCCUAAGCUCGAUACUUGAUCUUUUGUCAUACUUAGCAUCCAUAGAUUCGGACUUGUCCAUUAAGAUCAAACUUGUGCUAUCGACAUGUCUUGGUUGGCUGAUAAAACAUGCCCAAGUGACUUAUUGCGGCAAAAAUUUCCAAACUAUCUGUACGAUUUUCAAAAACAUUCUUGCCAAUGGCCAAUCGAACAACCGGCAAUUAGCAAAACUAAGUGUCAGUCUUGUUCUCUUACUCGAAAAUUUCGUCCAACCACCAUUGAUUCUUGGUGAAUUAAUCGAUGACUAUUUCGAGUCGUACAACUAUCGAAUUCAAUUAGAAAUGCUUGCCAUUGUUACGGCAACAUUGUUGAAAUAUCGUCAAUAUCAAUAUGAUAAUCUAUCGAGAAUUUCCACUCAUUUUCUUCCUCUGCUGAUCUCGACUCGUCGAGAAUUACGACACGGCGCUUUGGAAUGUUUCACCGUCAUAUGCAGUUAUUAUAAUUCAUAUAAUCCAAUGACGAACGCGACUUUCGAAAUAAAUCACUCGAUUAAAUUACUGGCUUCAUCCGUCGAAAAUCUUCUUCCGGAAGCUUGGGAUGCACUGCGCUUUCGUUUGCUUCGAAAUGUUCUUCCAUUAUUAACAGGGAAAGGUAACAUCACGCCGGGCUUAGUAUGCGAUUCGAAUACUACGAACGAUCCUGAUGCAAAAUUUAUUUUAUUGGCUAAUAAUCCAACACCGACUCCACGAACGCUGUCAACAACCACACUGGACUCAUCGACAUCUUCUUCACCGUCGGCAAAAUUAACACCGACGGGAAAUAAAUUACUCCAACUGGCAAUGCCAUUCGCAGCUUCGUCAACAAAGGCGAUUACUAAUGAUACGGCUAUGCGUAACCGUGAAAUACCUCCGCUGAAAGCAUCUGAAAUCGAGCAUGAUUUGCAUCGAUUUACGUCUCCAAACCAUCAUUAUGAACCGCCUAAAAAUCCAAGAAUUACACCACCGUUUGAUUUUACCAUUACUGGAAAUAAAAAUUAUCGUCCAUUGAUAUUAGCAGGAAAAUUUCAUCAUACUGAUGAAUGGACAAAGGGAAUAUCAAGUAAUAAUAACCAUCGAAAAGAAUCGAUUAUAAUCAAUCGACAACAAGAAAAUAAUCAUAACAACACCCUUCAGUUUCGCUCAUCUGCACCUCGUCGCCCGUCACUGAGUCGAUUUCCGGUUGCGCAUAGUCUUUUGAUCACGUCACAAGUUCACCAACAAAACGAACAGCCGAUUCAAGCCAAACGCCACUUCGACGCUGAACUUGAUCAUGACGAAGGUGUUGAAAGUGCAAUAGGAUCACGUUCUCUAUCAAUAAAUACUCUGGAAGGCGGUGGAGUCGAGAACGAUUCUCAACAAUCGAAAAAGCCUGUGCGAUCCGUGCAUAGCAGUUCAACUAGACGCAAAGCCGAAAGAUUAUUCAGCACUGGUAGUGAAUUCGAAACAGUGUCAGCACGAACUCUAACACCGGAAAACAGCAACGAAAGCGGGGUAUACUCUCAACCAGGUGGCGAAAUCGAAAGCGACACGAAUCGAAGUUCAAGAUCAAUACAAUCGAUUAAUAACGAUCAAUUGUUUUCCACGAGACCACGUCUUGCUCGUUCCGCUUUGAAAUCUAAACUCGACAAAUCACAACUCCCGCCAACGGAUCCUUCAUCAGCUCGACAAGCACAGGAACAUCCACCGAAUGGUGGAAAUACUCAUCGUCCAUCGAAUCCGAAUGUUGAAGUAAUUGGAAUUGGUUACAUGGAUGAAAAGAGUCCAGUCAAACAACCAUUCAAUGAUUUCAUCGACGAAAGACAGCCAGCUAUUAAUAAACCUCGCGCUAAACUUAUUAAAGGUUCUGUUCUAAACACUCCUCUAAACAAUACAACGCAUUCGAAUGUAAAUGUAGAAGAUACCUCUAGUGUUGACGAUGGUCAAGAUAUAGGAGUUGUUGGUAAAGCUGUGCAAAUUCCGCUACGGACGCGAAUAGAUACGGAUGUAACAAGAAUAUCGAGUGUUAAUGCAAUGAUGGACCAAUUAAAUAAGGAAAACGAAGAUUUUGAAAUGGUUUCAGAUGAAUAUGAUAGUGAUUCGAAAGAAAAUGAACAAUUUGUGAAUGUCGGACAAACUCUCUCAGCAUCAUUUCGUUUGCGUGUUCAACAGAAAACUCAGGAAAAAAUCGAGCAAAAGGAACGUCGCCGGCAAGAUCGAGAGCAAGGCCGUCGACAGGUGCACCUUCGUCAUCAGAAUAACAGCGGAGACAAUGUCUAUGAUAAUGACCUUCCAACCUCAUCGGCUUCCACAAGUCGAUAUUCAUCUCAACCAGAUCUUUCAUCUGUUGGUAAUGAACUUCCACCAACACCACGACGACCUAUUGACUCAAAUAUUGCAUCAAUAUUACCGAACGUUCCAACACAGCAGCGUUACCGUCCAAACAAAAACCCAAUGGCUCGAUCUCAAACAUUUAACAAUCGACGUGAAUUAUCCUCAACUGACCAACGUAUACCAUUCAAUCGACCAUUAUCUGAAGAUCGAAUUACUGAUCAAUUGAGAAAUCCCGAAGGUGUUUUCCGAGAAGCAAUGGAAUCAGUGAAAAAUGACGACUGGGAACGCAAAUGUUCUGGUCUUGGUCUACUCCAACGCCUCAUUGCUCAAUAUCCUGAUUUAAUCAUUCAAAAUUUGCAUCAAGUUGUCCUGAUACUCAAUCAAGAAGUGAAAAAUCUCCGCUCACAAGUUGCUCGUUUUGCCUUAUCAACGUUUUGCGAUAUGUUCAAACAUUUGAAACGAAACAUGGAUAUCGAAUUGGACAUUACAGUCAAAGCGAUCAUGCAGAAAAGUGCGGAGAGUAAUGAGUUUUUUCGAAAUGAUGCAGAAAAAUGUCUCCAAACGAUGGUUGAGAAUGUUACUCUUCAGAAAGCUUUACAAGCAUUGAUUGCCGGUGGAGCAAGUCAUCGUAGUCCAGCUAUAAGGAAAACAUCAGCGAAAUACAUCUAUGUUGUCUGUGAAAAACUGGGUGCAAGUAAAAUUUUGAGCGGUAUUCGUGAUAUAACUGAACGUGUACUACAAGUAGCUGCCACGUUUGCAUCGGACGGACCACCCGAAAUUAGAUGGUAUGGCAAGAAAAUUUAUCAUAUGUUAAUGUCAUCGGAUGAAUUGGAUUCACUGAUGAAACAUUAUCUCAGCCCAAGCGUUUACUCAAAUAUGUGUGAAAUUUUGGAUAGUAUUCGAACCAAAGGAGGUGUCGGUGAAACUCCAAGCGAAUCUGCGAGAAAUAAUGGACGACGAGCUGUAUCUUCGGAUAAAAUAAAUACAACUGGAAAUAUAAACCAUCAAUUCUCUGCCAUUCGUAAAGUGAACAGUGCAGAUCAGACUGAACAAGUCCGUAAAUUGGCUAAGCAAAUGCAUAGUUCAGAUUUUCGCGAACGGCUGCACGGUAUUGAAGAAUUCCAAAAAUUAUGCGAACUGGAGACGGAAAUCGCCAUACAAUCCCUCGUCCAAAUCUUCGAUGGUUUCAAUGAAUGUUUAUCUGACAUGAAUUCAAAAGUCGUUCUCAAAGCAUUGAAUACUAUGCACCAACUUGUUCCAAUCCUAGCUGAUUCAUUAUCAACUGUAAUCAAUUCAACACUCCCAAUCAUUGCACAAAGUAUCGCUUCAAAAAAUCGAGAAAUUUCACAGUUAGCUUCAGACGUCAUCGAUGCAGCCAUCGAAUACAUCGAUAGUGGUUAUUUGUUGCAACCAAUUUGUACCCUUAGUCAAAACAGCAAUCUUCGUGUUCGACCAGAAAUUGUGUUAAAAUUGGCUUCUCUCGUCCCACGUGUUUGUCAACGGAAACCGAAACAAGUCGAAAUUCAUCUACUACCUACUUAUUGGAAACUAUUAGCCCUGUUGCGUGGUCAAAAUUCGACUGCCAUCACUUCAUCAGCUGGUGGUUCGAAUAGUUUGAACUCUUCAAUUCAUACACUGACAGCUGCACUCUAUGCGGAGCUUGGCUGUGUUCUCCUCGAUAAAGCGAGUUCAAGUUCAAUGGUGACCCCGAAAAAUCUACAAGUCUUGAGAGAACUUUGUACAAAUAUUGAUGCUGUGUGA